AUGGCCAUCAACUACCUCAUCCUCUUGUCCCGGCAAGGUAAAGUGCGCCUCGCAAAAUGGUUCACGACACUUUCUCCCAAAGACAAAGCCAAAAUCAUCAAAGAUGUCUCCCAACUCGUGCUAUCACGGAGAACACGCAUGUGCAACUUCCUCGAAUAUAAAGACACCAAAGUCGUCUACCGUCGCUACGCUUCUCUUUUCUUCAUCGCCGGCUGUUCAUCGACCGACAAUGAACUCAUCACCCUCGAGAUAGUCCACCGGUAUGUGGAGCAGAUGGACAAAUACUAUGGCAAUGUCUGCGAGCUGGACAUCAUUUUCAAUUUCCAAAAGGCAUACUUCAUACUGGAUGAGUUGUUGCUAGCCGGGGAGAUGCAGGAGAGCAGUAAGAAGAAUGUGCUGAGGUGCAUCAGUCAACAGGACAGUCUGGAGGAUAUGGAGGCAGAACAAGUCUUGACAGACGGAUUGCGCAAGGCAGGAAUGCUCUAA